AUGAAAAAUGCAAAUGUUAAUCCAGAAUUAAAUGAAAAAAGUGAAGAAGUAGUAACAGAAAGACAAAGUAAUAAAAAUUAUAAAAUGAAUGACAUCUAUCACAUAAAUAUAGAAAAGGAAAUGAAUAAUAUAACCAUAUCAAAAAAAGCAUCAUUAAAUGAUCCAAACAAUUUAACAAAAUGGAAAUUAUUCAGAAUAUUAAUAAUUAAAUUAAUAUUUUCCUUAUUAUAUCUAUUAAUUUCAUUAAUUAUACAAGGUUUCUUUAUGAUUUAUAGUGAUUCAUAUUAUAAAAGAUACACACCACCACUAGGAGAUCGCAUACAUGAUUUAUUUGAAUAUCCACCUAAAUGGGCAUCAUAUAAUCUGUCGAAUAAUUUGAUAGCAAUUUUAACAGUUUUUGUAUUUUUUAGAUUAAUUAUUUUUAAUAGUGUAUAUUUAUCUAUAGCUAUUGCUUGCCGAUUUUUGUAUAUGCUUGGGUCUUUUUAUAUUUUAAGAGGGAUACUAAUAUACGUUACUUCUUUACCUGCUACGUUAGACACAUGCUUACCUCUCGAGAGUGGAAGUUUUCGAUUUAAUUUAUUGCAAAUAUUGAAAAUAAACAUGAACUUAGUUUAUGUGUGCUCAGAUUUAAUAAUAUCAGGUCAUUCUUUUUCUACAACCUUACUUUUAAUGUUUUCUCUUUAUUAUAUGAAUAAUGUAAUAUUAAAAAUUAUUUUAUCCUUGUUCUGUUGUUUUAUUUAUAUAUUUAUAAUAAUUGGUUUUAUACAUUAUACAUCUGACGUAUUACUUGGCUUAUUUUUUGGUGUUUUCAUUUUUUCCUUUUAUCAUAUAAUGCUUGAUCUAUCUUCACAAUAUUAUAUAUUUUGCACGUUAUUUGAAGUUAAAAUUAUUUCAAAUAAAAAAAAUGUUCAGGCAAAACCAUUUUUUUUAAGGUUUUUUUUAGCUAGAAUAUUUUUGAAAAUUAUUCCCUUCUUAGAAGGAUUAAAUUACACAUUGAAUUAUGCAUUAAAUAAAAACAAUGAUUUUUCAACUUUUUGUAAUUGUGAAAAUUACGAUAAAGAAAGAAAUUUAAUUUCAUUUUGCAAAUCAUCCAAAGAAAACAAAAUUUCUAUCUACUGUUCAGAUCAUUUAUUUCACAGUUAUGCUGGAGAUGGUACUAUUAGUUUUUUAUCUUUAAAAUUUGUUAAAAUGUUAAAAGUAAAAUAA